AUGAAGUCCUCAAGGUCUGAUUGGAAGUCAACAGCAAGGAAAUUUCAAAAAAGACUCCAAAAGAAAGUCGUUUUGGAGGAAGUAUAUAAUCAUUUUCUCGAACAAAACGAAUCAACCGGAUAUAAAUUUCACUGGGAAAAUGGAAAAGUAUACAUUAUCGACAUGGCAAAAGCUGUGCACCAAGGAGUUGUUUUACGUUUAAUUAAAUACUUUAUGGUUCCAAAUGGUGAUGUGGACGACGAUCCACCAAUCGAUAUUGGUCUCCAAACAUUUCAUUACAAUCCUUAUAAUAACAGAAUAAAAAUAGCAGCAGAUAUUGCAAUCCAACCGAAUAUAGUACAUGUUCAACAUCCUUUGAAUCCCGGGCCUCCUCCUGGCGAUUUAGAGGAAAAUCCACAUGCACGAAUCAUCGUUGAAGUAGGCUCAGUUCAAAGUACCACUUUUUGGAACACAAAAUGUGAAACUUGGAUGCUUCAACAAUACGUGAGAUGUGUAUUCGGUAUUAAGCUUCACGAUAAAAGGACAGGUUCAAAUCAUCGGUCUAUGACGGCCAAGUUAUGGACCCGCCAAACACCAGCACCAGCAGGAAGUAGACCAUCAACAAAUCCAAAUUUAGCAGGAGUAUCUAUUCUAGAAUGGGACUUUGGAACAUUACAAUUCAAUAGUCAACGACCUACCGGUUGUACUGCCGCAGGCAUUGCCAACUACGCGGUUACUAUUCCAGUAUCCGAUGUCUUUUGGGACCCGCCCAUCGUUGCAGGAGCUCCAAAUGUAGCCGGAUAUGUUGCGACAAUCCCUGCUGCAGUUACCGCGAAUAAUUUCGUCAUCGAUUUAUAUAGAAUCCAGCAA